AUAUAAGGGGAGUUACUAGUUACAAGAAAACGUCCAGUCUUUUAAAAAUGGCGUCAUCCAUGAUGGCUGCCGCCACUGUUCGAGCUGUCAAAGGAAGAAAAAUUCUUUCUACGCGAGCAGCACUUACAUUAACACCUAAUGCUGUUAAAAAGAUUAAAGAAAUUUUGGAAAAUAAAUCAGAAUAUAUUGGUCUCAAAGUCGGUGUAAAACAACGAGGCUGCAAUGGAUUAAGUUAUACAUUAGAUUAUGUGAAAGAAAAAAGUCAGCUAGAUGAAGAAGUUGUACAAGAUGGAGUUCGUAUAAUAAUAGAUAAGAAGGCUCAAUUAUCGCUUCUCGGAACAGAAAUGGAUUAUAUUGAGAACAAAUUAAGUUCUGAGUUUGUGUUUAACAAUCCAAAUAUCAAAGGGACAUGUGGGUGCGGAGAAAGUUUUUCUGUUUAGUCGUUAUUAGUGUUUUUCGAUAGUCACAUUUUAAAUUGUAUAUUUUAUUGUAAUAUGAAACACAUGAAGUGAUUGAAUUAGAUUCAAUUACAUUUAUAUUUUUGGAAAUCAAAAUUAUUAGAGCAGACACAUAUGGUUACUUUAAAAUUAUAGAAACGUGAGUUUAUUUUAUUGCUAUAUUUUACUCACUUAAUAUAUCUGACUGAAGGAAAUUUUCAAUUCGAAUUGUGAUCUGCAUUAUUCUGUGUUCAAAUAAACCUAAUAUCAUUUAUUUUUAA